AUGCCACAGGCCAGAACGAUCGCAGUCGUCAAUGCCACCGGCCGUCAAGCCGCGUCCCUCGUCCGCGUCGCUUCGGCCGUCGGAUACGCCGUGCGCGCGCAGGUGCACUCCCUCGAGGGCGUCAUCCCCCGCGAGCUCGCCAGCCUGCCCGGCGUCUCGCUGCUGCAUGGCCCCUUGCUCGACAAUGCCGCCCUCAUGAACUCGCUCUUCCAGGGCGCCACGCACGCCUUCAUCAACACCACCUCCCAGGCCGGCGACGAGGUGGCCAUCGGCCGCGCCCUCGCAGACGCCGCGAAGCGCGCCGGAACCGUCCAGCACUACGUCUACAGCAGCAUGCCCGACCACUCCGUCUACAACCCAAGCUGGAUCAGCCUGCCGCUCUGGAGCUGCAAGUUCGCCGUCGAGAACUACAUCCGCCAGCUGGGGCUGCCCGCCACCUUCGUCUACGCCGGCAUUUACCACAACAACUUCACCAGCCUGCCCUACCCGCUCUUCUGCAUGGAGCUGCUGCCCGACGGCGGCUUCGAGUGGCGCUCGCCUUUCCCGCCUGAUAUCCCGCUGCCCUGGCUCGACGCUGAGCACGACGUUGGGCCGACUGUGCUGCAGCUCUUCAAGGACGGGCCCAAGCGCUGGAACGGCGACCGGUACACCUGGUCGCCCAAAGUCGAGAUCAAAGUGUCUGUCCCCUCCGGCUACCGCGAGCAGCUCGAGGGCAUCGAGGUCCUCUUCGGCCAGAUGAAGGCCCCUUACUUCCCCAACCCGGAGUUCCACACCCCGGCCCGCAUCGCCGGCUCAGAGAAGCCCGUCGUCCUCGAAGCUGGGCCGGACGGCGUGGUGCCCCUGCCCGUCGUCGACGAGGCGCGCAGCCUGUGGGAAGGCUGGCGCAGCAUGGAGGAGUAUGCGCGCGAGGCCUUUCCCGUCGAGGAGGAGGCCAACGGCCUCGACUGGAUGCUGUAG